ACGGCCUGGCCCGGCAGCCCUUGCGGCCGCCCCGCCGCCACCUUCCGCCGCCGCCGCUGCUGCCCGGCGGGGCCGCUCGGGCCGGGAGCGAGGCCGGGACAGCCCGCGGAGGCUCCGCCGUCCCGCCGCCGCCGCCAUGAAGCUCCGCGUACGGCUGCAGAAGCGAACGGCGGCCCUGGAGCUGCAGGGGGCGGAGCCAACGCUGGGGGAGCUGCGCGCGCAGCUGCGCCUGGGCCUGCUGCCCGCCUGGGGCUACAGUUCUGAUACCGCCUUUUCAAUAACAUUGAACAGAAAAGAUGCCCUGACAGAGGAUCAGCAGACUUUGGCUUCGUACGGGAUUGUUUCUGGUGAUUUGAUAUGUUUAUUGUUGGAAGAGCCAGAUGUUCAGCCCAGCCUACCUCCUGCUGUUCCUGCACUGCAGAAUGGCCAUGAGCCGUCCGCCGUGAGCCCCGGCAUCAUUCAGGCUCACAGCCCAAAACAGGAGGGGCACAAUGAGCAAUCUAACAGUGAGAGAGCUCAGCUGGGAGUUCAGGAGAGUGUGGACAGGGCAGGAUCCAGCCUAGAGUUUCCUUCUGGGUUAGUGGCAGAAGAUGCUGAGCUGGAAGAAGGUGCAGGUUCCUAUCCCUCAGAACCCAUGCUGUGCAGUGAAGCUGCAGAUGGUGAAAUACCCCAUUCCUUAGAGAUGCUGUACCUUUCUGCUGAGUGUACCAGUGCCACUGAUGCCUUGAUCGUUCUGGUCCAUCUUCUCAUGAUGGAGACAGGCUAUGUACCUCAGGGGAUAGAAGCCAAGGCAGUCUCUAUGCCAGAGAAAUGGAGAGGGAAUGGUGUUUAUAAGCUGCAGUACACACAUCCCCUUUGUGAAGAGGGUUCUGCUGGUUUGACCUGUGUGCCUCUGGGAGAUCUCAUUGCUAUCAAUGCAACAUUAAAAAUCAACGAAGAGAUUAAAAGUGUUAAGAGGAUCCAGCUGUUGCCAUCAUCCUUUAUUUGCUUCCAGGACCCAGAGAAGGUUGCAGGUGUUUACAAAGACCUUCAGAAAUUAUCCCGUCUCUUUAAAGAUCAGCUGGUUUAUUCUCUUCUGGCUGCUGCUCGACAAGCUUUGAACUUGCCAGAUGUGUUUGGCUUAGUGGUCCUUCCCCUGGAGCUGAAGCUUCGCAUUUUCAGACUCCUGGACGUGCGCUCCCUCCUCUCUCUGUCGGCCGUUUGCCGUGAUCUCUACACAGCCUCCAAUGACCAGCUGCUCUGGAGGUUCAUGUACCUGCGGGAUUUCCGAGAUCCAGUUGUACGGCCUCGUGACACAGACUGGAAAGAACUCUACAAGAAAAAGUUGAAACAGAAGAAGGAGGCUCUGAGAUGGAGGCACAUGAUGCUUUUGCCCCCUAUACCUCAUCCAAUCCCCUUUCAUCCCAACCCAUUCUACCCUAAUCCCUUUCCUCCCAACCCAUUCCCAUCAAAUCCAAUCUACCCCCCRAUGAUCAUGGGGGGAGAAUAUGACGAGAGACCAACCCUCCCAUAUGUUGGAGACCCAAUUAACUCACUCAUUCCUGGCCAGGGAGAAGCAGCAGGUCGCUUUCCUCCCUUCAGACCCCAUUUUGACCCGAUUGGCUCCUUGCCUGGAGCAAACCCCACUCUUCCAGGACGGGUUGGCCCCAGUGAGAGGUUUCCAGCUCGGCCCAGCCGGGGCCGCCCCAUGGACAUUCGCCGUGCGUUCAUUUGAUUGCUGCUGGUCCCUGCAGGCCCUUUUGUAGUAGCUGAGCUUGCUUUCUAACUGCAGGAGAUUGCAAAUGCAGGCACUAACAUCUGCCUCCAGAUUGUGCCAAGAACGAGUGCAUGGUAAUGUCCCAACACAGGCUGGGUUUGUUUUGUGGGCUGGUAGUGCUGUGUCACCUGGCACUAAGGUCUGUUCCUCAAAGAGCUCCAACUUGGAGCAUUUUGUUCUGCUUCCCCUCCUCCUUGCCCUGAUCGUCUGUCAAGUGCUACUUAGAGACCAGAAUACCAGCCAGAGUACUUGCUGCAGCAGAUAAAGAGCACUUUAAAUAUAAACCCUCUACUUGUCUGUCUUCUUUGAAGAGCUUUACUAAAUUGCCAGGAUGGAAGGUUUUGUUUAAAACCUACCUGGCUAAUUAAUAAUCUUURUUAACAAAAAAGUUACCUUGUAUCACAUAGAACAGGAUACUGCCACUGUUACRGUAGAUGCGUGUUCAUGGAAAUUUCUAAAGGUGUUUUUUUUCCUUUUUCCUUUAAUAUUUUAUUAGGUAAAAAGCAUUUUUGUAUUGUUACUUAAUGCACAAAGAAUACAGCAAAGGGAUUUUCUUCAUAGUGGAAGUAUUAGAACACGAAAUAAUUUUGUGAACAACUGAGCAAAGUCAUGCUACAGUGCAACUCAGAAGUCUAAGCAGAAACAGAGCAAUUUUACAAAGAAUCAGCAGCAAAACUUUUGACUUUCUCCUUGACUUUACAAAUAAGGAUCCRUAGUACAUGACUGCACUUACUGUGUUUGAACUAAAAGUGGUGUGAAAAAUUCUUAUUUUCUCCCUCUCUGACAUAAUUAAAGAAUKAAAUAGACUGACCUGGUUGCAGUGGAAAUGGGAUCACAACAUGAGAAGCAGAAAGAAUUYUGACUUCAGUAAAUUCCAUUUAACUCCUUUAUUUAAGUAUUGGAUUAUAUCUUGCCAAAAGGAAAUGUUAUGAGCACCUUUCAAGUAUUGUCUUAUGAACUGAUGAGCAGCUAACGAGAGCACUGUUAAAGUCUCCUGAUGAGACCUGCAGGCUGAUGCUGGAGCUCACUUAAAGGAAGACUGAAUGACUAAACUUUGUUACAACUUCUAAUUUCUUACGUAUUUUUUAAGAUGAUUGAUCUCAGUGUUUCUAUAAAUGGUACUGAUGGCUGUUGUGACAACUGAUAUUAUUUUUUAAAAGUUUUUUUGAAAUUCCAACUGUKGAAAUGGAAUGACAUUUAAUUUUAAAUAUGAGUUAUUUAAUCAGUCUUUUUAAUACUUAUGUGCUUUUUCAGGUGGUAUUUCAGUGGUUCAUCUUGUUUUGUAUGAAAUCAGCUGACUUCAGUAAGAUCAGGAAGUUUUGCCAUUAACUCCAGUGGAAGUAAAAUAUAAUACUUUAUUUUGCUGUCAAAAGUCGUUUUGCUUCUUUCUUCCCUUUUCUACUUCACAGCAAUAGUUUUCCUUCAAUACCAAGAUUAGCCUUAAUUUUAACAUUUGCCUUCAGCAGCUGAAUUGCCUUGUUCCAAAAGGAUUUUUAUAAGUGAAAUGCAUAGUCAGACCUCUUAGAGUGAUUUUUUUAUAUUCCACUGACUGUAAAAAGGAAAAGGGAAAUCUACACUGCAUUGGUCUUGCACCGUUUUGUCCUUGUGAUGAAUGCUUCAGCAAUGCAUAAACAACAUUCAGAUAAGAUUAUACAGCUUUAACUGAUAUAAUAAUUCAUAAGUUACCAUUCUCCUUUUUUUCCCCAGCUAUUUCUGGGAACAUGAUCACACAAUGCAUGUGAGAUAAGUUAAUUUUUUGGUGCUAGCAAACGUGCUGCUCUGAAUUGGGCCCUCUUUGCCAUGAACACCCAUGAGGCCAUACCUGUGCCAGGCUGAUGCCAGAGGUUUGCUUUGUCCUGGAUUUUGUCAUUUGAAUGUUUGUUUUUGAAGUGAUGAAYUCAGCCCUUUUAUAAAUGCACCACUAAGUGGCCUAAAGAUAUUCCUUCCCUUUUUUUGUUCUCACAUUGUGGUAAAGGUACAAAGAUCAAGGAGCCUGACUUAGCCAGAACUUCAAAGUUCCUUGAAGAGGAGUUAGGAUAUGAAAUACAAAGUGAGUGUCUCAGGACCAAGAGUAUAACAUUAGAAGACCAAAGAGAGGAAAUACUUGAAAACCACCUGCCUGCUUUGUUUAUUUGCCAGCUCCUAAAUCAAGUGUGUGUGUCAUUGCUGUUGCAAACUAUAAAGGAGAAAUGACAGACGAUAAAAUGGCUGAAGAUGAGCAUUUCUUACCUCUACUAUUCAUUAGUAUCCAGCACUGUAAAGGUUGCUACUACCAGUCACUUGGAAAUAAGAAACUAUUAUCCUUAUUAUCCUUAUUAUCCUUGGCUUUUCUAUGUAUUGUUUUAUGUUAUGAAACUUUAUGCCAACCAGAUAAAGCAACUGAGCCAUACUCAAGGUGUAAGGGCUUACGUACCUUCUUGUGAUUAGUGGAAGAAGUAAAAWACCACUGCACUUACAAGGAGGAGUGCUGUUCUUCUGGAUCUUACCUUUCCUGGGAAUGUAUGUUUCAUUCCUCUUGAAUUACCACACCCARCUAUGACAAGAAAGUCACGAUGAUCCUCAGUUUGUAGCUAAACAAGGAAUUGUAAACUAAUUUUCCAGGUGGUGGAUGKGGUUGGGUGUCGUAGCUGUGUGCCCCUUCUUGGGCUGGAUCCAAACACCCAAACCUACUCAUGUUUCCUGUCUUCCAUGUGAAGAAAAUUUAAACAAAUAGGACAAAAGGGAAGCCCUGAGCAGCUGCUCGGUUUUUCACAUCUGUGACAAAGAUCCCAAGGUGUGCUGUGUGCCCUGUGAUUCAAAUGCAGCUUCUCUUYACCAGUUUUUUCUGUUCUCUUACUGCCCCUGGUGUUACAUUUAGGUACCUAAACGCCUCUGGGGUAUACCUUAGUUUCCCUUUCAUAGAACAGCCCUUGUAGUCCCUGUUUUUUUAGAGUGUAGGGAUUUUGGAGUAGAAAGCCAGCAUCAAGGGUGAUAAUUGGAAGAUGGGGUGGUGCAUUUGUGAAUCUCCUGCUAGCCCCAACAUCCAAUAUGUGAGCAUCAGAGCUGUACACUUGAAGGGGUACUGUUGGGACAGUUAGGGGACAUAGAUUUUCAUCAUUGUAACUCUGGAAACCAACUCAGUGUUUUAAAUCAUUUCUGUGAAUAGAAUAAAGGCUCUUUUUCUGGAAUAUGGACUAAAUUAAGCUGAGAGUGCCCGUUUGUACUCGAAGUUGCAAAUUAAAGCUAGGAGGAGGGGAGAUGCAGUUCUGUUUGCUUGUCCCUUGAAAAGUGAGAGCUGUAGGCAAAAGGAGAGAUUUGAGUCACUGCUGAGUUUCAAAGGUGACUGCUAUCCCGUUCCUGUGGUGUGUCAGGACAGCCCUGCAGCCUCACAAAUGAUCCAGCUGUUGUUCUUUCAGCAGCAAACUUGGAGAUUUAUGGUUCCUUUUUUGUAUAUAUUGUGUUGGUAAGGGAAACGUAGAGUUUCAGGGGAUAAAGCCAUUGAGGAUUCUUGCAGUAAACUUUCAUUUCUGUCUCUGCAUCUCURGUGACCAUUUAGUAGGGAAAGGUAUAAACCCUGGUGAGGGAAGUGUUAGAGAAGGAAAUCCUCUCCUGCCAGGGCUGAAUUGCCUCUUCCCCAUAUAGUGAAACUUGUUAAUCUGCUAUUCUUGCCAGUGGGACAGUGCUUGCUCAAGGCCAUUUCUCACUCUUUUAUUGCUCCUGGAGACUGUAAAACAGCAGAGAUUGGGKUUUUUUUCUCAGAUGAUGACAUAUAUUUAUGAUGCUACAUUGUGAACUACUUACCAAACCCUGAAGGACAACAGAACCGAGGAGAAAAAAACCUAAUCAGAAGGCAAAUCAGCAGAGUGAGGUGGUUCUGUAAUACUGAACUUGAGGUAUAAAUCAUUGAUUGAGAUGAGUCUCUUGAGGGAUUUCCAGCCUGGAAAGCAAUGCUGUUAUUGCCAUUGUACGUUAAAGGCCUGCAGGGGUUGGUCACACAGGGUCCAGAUGACUGCAUUGGGCUGAGAUGUUCUUACAGGUGCUGUGCAGGGAGGAUUUCCUUGUUUGGCUUUAUUCCACCAGUGAAUCACAAGAUCYAAGAUGGCAAAUGCAGCUGUUGUUUUUGCUGCUUUGGGGAUUCCUUGUGUAGGUGACAGCAAUCUGUGCCAUUGGCUCAGACCGUGUUUGACUGUCCUGGGCAUUGUGAGUGUCAGUGCAGCAGUGCCAAGGGAAGCACAGAGCCAGUGCUGUGUGUUGAGGAGUGGGGUGAGGACUGAACUGCAUUGAACUGUUCCAAACUGACCYCGGGGUGAGCAGGCUCUCUGCUCCUGUCAGUACCUAUAAAUGUGUGGGUUUACCCAGGUGAGCUUUUAGCUCAUGAACACAGCUUGUAGGGGUUUGGUCAGUACCAGUUCCAGUGGAUGUGCUGGGACACAUAUAUGUGUGUUCUGGGACAGACACAACUUUGUUCAGUGCUGCAGGGUUAGAGGAAAAGCACACAGCAAAGAUCCAUCUCUGUCUUCUCUGGGAAAAUAAUCCUUGGGAGUGGUCAGGGAGAAUUAAUACUGAUCAUUACCURCCAGGGACAAUGCCAUCCCUGCCCUCCCAUGGUUGGUGUCUCUGGAUGGCUCAGGCCACCUGAUUUGUGCAGUGUAAUUCUCCAGUUCUGGUGCAGGUUUGUCACUUUGCAUUCAUCUUGCAUUCACCCCAGCAAAGGCAGUGGGAAUUGAAGGCAGGGACAGGAUUUCACUCCCUCUCUCACCCAUUCAGUGUUAUGGAACACUCAGCACACAAAUAUGUGCACUUCAUCAGCUCUGCUAUUAAUGAAGCRUGUUCCUGAGGGACAGGCACAGCCAGAUGUGACCAAGUCACCAAGGUGCUUGGAGUUUAGCUGGCUUUUGUCUGGAAUUUGUGUGAGCUGGGAAUGUGAACCCCUGGUGUUUUCAGGGGCAGGGAAAGAAGUUGUUUUUUUUUUCUGUGGAAGAUCCAUUUCUUAGGUUAUUUUUGAGCUAAGGCUACAGGGUUAGAACAUGACAUUUUUUUCUCAGAACUUGGCAAUCGCACACAGGGGACAUGAAUGCAAGGGAUGAAACUGAGAUGUUUUAUCUGCUAUAAGCAGAGUGCCCUGUAACAAACCAGCAGUCCAUGUGCAUGACCUGCUCGUGUGAUCUUUGGUGCUCACUGAUCCUUGGUACUGUAUCUGUCUUGACCAUGAUUUUGCUCUGAAAAGUGACUUUUUAUGGAGCUGGUAUCAUGAAAUUCCACAGUUCACUGGAUUUCCAUGUGCAAGUGUGCUCACUUUAUGGGUCAAUGGGUAUUUAUUCUGGACUGUGCCUUUGCAUGUGUGUUUCUGAAAGAAACCUCAUUUUUUUCAGCUUGACCUUAACAAGAAUUCAGUAAUCGGAAGUUAGCAAUUGUAUUGACUGUACAAAUCAAAAUAAAACCCAGUUUGCAUUGUCAUAACUCUGUUGUCUUCACAGGGGUUAGCAAGAGUAAAACUUGCUUUUCAACUCAGUCAUUUGAAC